GCCGGGAAGGUCCGUUUAUAACCGUGGAGGCUCUCGGGAAUAGUAGUGCCCGGCUCCAGAGGAUGCUGGGGGGAAGGAAGUGUGUGUAGUUUGUAGUGAUUUGGACUCACUAGGUGGCCGGGGUGACAUGGAGCUGUCAGGCCUGGAGACGGUGUGCGCGGGCUCCAGCCUGGCCCUCACCAGCCUCUUCUAUUACCUGUACCGGAAGCAGAGAGCGGCUGUCCGCCGUAUCCAGGCAGCUCCCAGGCUACAGGUGAGUGCUGACCUGCGGACGUUUAUGGAAACAACACCGGAUAUGAGUUAUGUGGCAUUGGAAGGCAGAGUGGAGGCAGUUGGAAAAGCUAUCAGUAGUGAGAACUAUCCAUAUCUCCAGGCUGUAAUUCAGAAGCACCAAAUGGUAGAGCACCGCUUGUUUUGGAACAGCCUAACCAGAAGCUGGAGUGAAUAUGUACGAGUAAUUUACGAGCGUGUGAAGGAAAUUCCCUUCCAACUAUGUCCUCUGGAGGGUAAUGAGGUCUCUGUGCUUGUUUGUGAUCCGCAGAAUGCCUCCGGUUUGACAUUGCAGAUUGUCCACGAGCGGUUUCAUCAUGCCUCUUUGGGCCUAGGUGAGUUACUAGGACACUAUUUCAGUGGUGAAAAGCCUACAGGUGUGUUGGAAACAGAGGAGAUUCUGCCUGUGGGCACCAUACUAACUGGAGUAGGAAAAUUGACACUGAAUACUAAAGGGGAAAUGACACUGGAGCCUCCUGAAGAUGGUUGUACAUACUUUUUAUCCCUUUCUGGAUAUGAAGACAUACUUUAUCAACAAGAGUCCCUAGCUAAUUUUUGGAGGGGUGCGGCUUUGUUCUUUGGAGCUUUGGGGACUGUUGUGGUAUGCAUUGCCAUGUAUCGAGCCUAUCGGAGAUAUAAGGAAAAACAUAAAAGUCAAGACCGCUUGGAUGAGCAGCAGAUUCCGGACGUUGAUGAGGAGCCAGUUGAUUCUGAAAGAUUAUGCGUGAUCUGCAUUUCGAGAACACGAGAAUGUGUGAUCUUGCCUUGUGGGCAUGUAUGUUGCUGCUUUCUGUGUUACCAGGCCCUUCCUAACCACAUGUGUCCUAUCUGCAGAUGUUCUAUAGAAAGAGUUGUUCCUCUUUUCCAGAUCUAAAUAAAGAAUUUUAUUGCCUUAUUCUUUACAGGUACACUCAAAACUAA